AUGGCUCUUCUUUGUCCUUCGUCUUUGCCUCGCAACUGGAUACACGAUGUCUUUCCAAGCUUCCACGGGGCAGAUGUUCGCACAACUUUUCUUAGUCACGUUCUCAAGGAGUUCAAAAGAAGAGGAAUCGACACGUUCAUCGAUAAUGAUAUCAAGAGGAGUAAAUCUAUCGGUCCUAAACUCAUAGAAGCUAUCAGAGGGUCGAGAGUUGCGAUAGUCUUGCUCUCUAGGAACUACGCUUCUUCCACAUGGUGCCUGAACGAGUUGGUGGAGAUUGCUGUGUGCAGAAGAGAGUUUGGUCAAACAGUAAUGCCCAUUUUCUAUGAAGUCGAUCCAUCUGAUGUGAAGAAGCAGGCUGGAGAGUUCGGGAAAGUCUUUGAAAAUACUUGUAACGGUAAAACAGAGGAGGACACUAUGAGAUGGAGAGAAGCUUUGAUGGAAGUGGCUACAAUAGCUGGAGAGCAUUCUAGCAACUGGUGUAGUGAAGCGGAGAUGAUUGAAAAAAUUGCUGCUGACAUCUCAAACGUGGUGAAUGAUUCUGUUCCAUCGAACUAUUUUGAAUCCUUAAUUGGGAUUGGAGCUCACAUGGAAAGGAUGCGGUCGUUGUUAAGCCUAGAAUGUGAUGAAGUGAGAAUGGUAGGGAUCUGGGGUCCUGCGGGAAUCGGGAAGACGACCAUCGCCAGAGCUUUAUAUGAAAAGCUUUGUAGUAACUUCACACAUACUGCUUUCAUUGAGAGUAUAAAAGGAGGUUAUACUACACAUUACCUCGACAACUAUGCAUACAUGUUGCAGUUACAGGAACAACUUUUAUCCAAGACACUCAGUGAUAAGGACUUGAAGAUAGGUCACGUGGGUGUUGCACAAGAAAGGUUGAAAAAAAAGAAAGUGCUUAUCGUUCUUGAUGGUGUGGAUCGGUUAGUCCAACUAAAUGCAAUGGCAGACAAACCUGAAUGGUUCGGCCGUGGAAGUCGAAUUAUCAUUACAACGCAAGAUCUAAAGCUCUUGAAAGCACAUGGGAUCGAUCAUAUUUACAAGGUGGAUUAUCCAAUUGAUGAAGAGGCGCUUCAAAUCUUCUGCAAGCACGCUUUUGGUCAAAACUCCCCUAAAGAUGGUUUUGAGGAGCUUGCGCUGGAAGUUACAAACCUUUCUGGGAAACUCCCAUUGGGAUUAAGUAUAAUGGGCUCCUACUUCCGGGGAAUGUCCAAGCAUGAGUGGAUCAAUGCAUUACCAAGGUUAAAGAGUAGGCUUCAUGACGAUAUCAAGAGUAUUUUAAGGUUUAGUUAUGACGCCUUAUGCGAUGAAGAUAAAGAAUUAUUUCUCUACAUAGCUUGCUUUUUCAAUCUUAAAAGCAUUCAGACACUAGAAGAUCAUCUGGAGAGGACAUUCUUGAACUGGAGUCAUGGGCUUCACAUCUUAGCUGAGAGAUCUCUAAUAUGUCGCGAGUAUGGAUUUAUAAAGAUGCAUAAUCUGCUAGUACAACUAGGUAGAGAUAUUGUUCUUAGCCAAUCUUUUCAUGACCCUUGGAAACGUCAGUUUUUGGUUGAUGCUAGAGAGAUUUGUCAAGUUCUCACUUAUGAAACAGGUAGUGAAAGUCUUGUGGGCAUGGAUCUUGACUUAUCUGAGAUCAACAAAGAAUUUAAUAUAAGCAAAAUAACCUUCAAAAGAAUGUGUAAUCUCCAGUUUUUAAGAUUCUACAGAAGAUUUGAUGAUAAAGGUAACUGCAAAUUACACUCACCAGAAAAUCUGAAAUAUCUAUCUCCAAAACUUAGUUUACUACACUGGGAUUACUUUCCGGCGACAUGCUUGCCUUCUACGUUUGUUACAGAGUCCCUCGUGGAACUAAACAUGCGUAACAGCAAGCUUAAUAAGCUUUGGGAAGGAGUUCGACCUCUUCAAAAUCUCAAGUGGAUGGAUUUGAGUCAUUCAUCAGACUUGAAAGAGCUUCCUGAUCUCUCAACUGCCACUAAGCUUUUGAGUUUGGAUCUCAGUUAUUGCACAAGUUUAGUGGAACUACACUCCUCAGUUGGGAAUGCAACUAAUCUCUUGAUAUUGAAUAUCGAGUAUUGCAAUAAUCUGGUGGAGAUUCCCUCCUCUGUUGAGAAUAUUCCUAAUCUCAAGAUAUUUUUGGCUGGGUGCUCAAGUUUGGUCAGUCUCCCUUCUUGUAUAUGGAACAUCAGUAGUCUCAGGACUUUUAAUCUCGACAAUUUCUCUAGUUUGGUCCAGAGUCCCUUAAUGUGGAAUGCCAAGAAUUUUCAGAGGUUAGAUCUCAGUGGAUGCUCAAGUCUGAAGAAGCUCCCUCCUAUUAUUGUAAAGGACAGUAAGUUCUCACAGUCGGCAGAAUUCUCGUCCUUCACUAGCAUCAAAAAUCACAAUAAGUUCUCACAGUCGGAAGAAUUCUCGUCCUUUAUUGCGAGCAUCAAAAACCUUCAUGAAUUGAUUCUUAGUAAUUGCUCAAGUCUGAUGGAGCUUCCUGCUUCUAUUGAAAAUGCCACUAGUCUACAUACAUUGGAUCUUAGUGGAUGCUCAAGUCUGAAGACGCUCCCCUCCUCUGCUUGGAAUGUCAAAAAUCUUCAAAAAUUGAUUCUUAGUAUUUGCUCAAAUCUGGUGGAACUUCCUGCUUCUAUUGAGAAUGCAACUAAUCUAAUGACACUGGAUCUUAGUGGAUGUUCAAGUCUGGUGGAGAUUCCCCCUUAUAUUAGAUAUGUCACUAGUCUAAGGACAUUGGAUCUUAGUGGAUGCUCAAGUUUGGUGAAGCUCCCCUUUGUUUGCUACGCCCCUUGCCUCAUGAUGUUGAAUGUCACUGGAUGCUAAAGUCUGAAGGAGAUCCCCUCCUCUAUUGCAAGACGUUGUGAGUACAAACCUGGUUUCAUUUUGAAAGGAUGGUCAAAUCCAAAGGCUCUUCCAACCAAUCGCGACUUCUAAUCUCUUGAUGCACUUGAUCUCCGUGAAAGGACAUUAGCCAUAAUGCGAAUGCCUUUAGCCUCAGGCGAUAACAUGGAAGAUACCGAGACUGACAACAACGAACCUCUCGAUGACGAAUCUUGCGCAUCAGCUGUUGACCAUACCAACUUAAAGGAUGGUGGAGGCACCGAUGCUGACGCAAAAGACAACAUCAGAUCGUAAACAAACAUUCAGAGCAAAACAACACAAUAAUGGUGUUUUCCUUCUCGACUUUACCUUUCUAAAGUAACUUUUUGGGGAUGUUACCACCAUUAAAGUUGAAGCUGAGAGAGUAUAAGUUCGUUCCUAACAACCUAGAAUACUUGCUUUCCUUGAAGUUAUCUGCGUCCUCCUCUUUCUGCCGUUUUUAUCACUUCUGUUCUUCACAGUGCUUUGUGGUCAAAGGUGCGGACGCAAAGGUUCAUUUCAUUUAGGACAGUCCGUUUGUUUUAUCUUACCAUUAUGUAAAACUUUUAUAUGUGAACGUGACAUAAUAAGCUUUAUUGUGGUUUACUCUUUUCCUUGUUGUUUCCUUCUUGGCUUAACA